AUGUCUGGAUCUUUGCAGGUGGCAGAGAAACAGGAGGCGAUCUUCCGCUCUGCGGAGAUGUCGCUUAUCCAGCUGUAUAUUCCACAGGAGAUUGCUAGAGAGACAGUUUAUACACUAGGGCAGCUUGGUUUGGUUCAAUUUCGUGACUUGAACUCCAAAGUGCGAGCAUUUCAAAGGGCAUUUGUGGAUGACAUCAGGAGACUGGACAACGUGGAAAGACAAUAUCGGUAUUUCUUCAAGCUCUUGAAGAAGCACGAUAUCCGUUUGUAUGAGGAGAUUCCUGAAGAAAAUUCUCAAAUGGAGCUUUCGCCCGGAAGCGCGAGGAUUGACGAUCAUAUUCAGAAUGCUUCAUACCUGGAGAACCGUUUGCUACAGAUGGAGGAAGCGUCCGAGCAACUAGAGUUGCAGAAAGCAGAUCUGGAACAGUAUAGAUUUGUGCUGAAGUCUGGCGAGCAGUUUUUCUCGAAGGAUAUGCAGCCGGGGCCCGCCGCCGUCUCUGACAACGAUGAAGAGAUGAACGUUGGCUCGACGUUGCCUUCCUCCGUGAAUUACGUUACCGGUGUCAUCCCAAGAGGAAAGGUAGCCGUAUUAGAACAGAUCUUGUGGAGAGUGUUGCGUGGUAACCUUUACUUCAGGCAUAUUGAGCUGGCCGAACCUGUUUAUGAUGCCAGGACAAAGGAAAAAGUUGAUAAGAACGCGUUCAUUGUUUUUUCUCAUGGUGAUUUGAUUAUCAGGAGAAUCCAGAAGAUUGCCGAAUCGCUAGAUGCCAAACUCUAUGAUCUCGAUCCAUCAGCCGAAGCUAGAUCCAAACAACUACAACAAACGAAUCAAAGUUUGAGCGAUCUGGCCACUGUGUUGGAGAGCACAACAACCACAUUGAACAGUGAACUGUAUGCUAUUGCCAAGGAACUGAACGCCUGGUUUCAAGACAUCUCAAGGGAAAAAUCGGUACACGAAACGUUGAACAAAUUUAUUUUCGAUGUGAACAGGAAAACCCUGAUCGCCGAGGGUUGGGUGCCAGAGGAUCAGGUGGCCAUCUUGCAGGAGAAACUCGGUCAAAUGACGAGUAAACUCGGUGUCGACGUUCCGUCGAUUAUUCAAGUUCUUGAAACAAACAAAACACCGCCAACCUUCCAUAGGGUUAACAAGUUCACUGCUGGUUUCCAAAACAUCUGCGACUGUUACGGUAUUGCCCAGUACCGCGAGGUGAAUGCUGGUUUGCCAACGAUUGUGACUUUUCCCUUCAUGUUCGCGAUCAUGUUUGGUGAUCUAGGUCAUGGAACACUGAUGGCUUUGGUGGCAUUGGUGCUGGUUAUGAACGAGAGAAAGCUCGACAAGAUGAAGAGAGGCGAAAUUUUUGACAUGCUGUACAGCGGACGGUACAUCGUGUUGCUGAUGGGGUUGUUUUCCAUGUACACCGGUUUCCUGUACAACGACAUCUUCUCGAAAUCGAUGACGAUUUUCAAGUCUGGCUGGAAGUGGCCAGACCACUGGGAGCUGGGCGAAACCAUCACUGCUCGCCAGGUUGGCACUUACCCGAUCGGUCUGGAUUGGGCAUGGCACGGUACCGAUAACGCAUUGCUGUUUACCAACUCCUACAAGAUGAAGCUAUCCGUGCUCAUGGGGUUCAUCCACAUGACCUACUCCUACUUCUUCUCGCUGGCCAACCACAUCUACUUCAAGUCGUGGAUCGACAUCGUCGGCAACUUCAUCCCCGGUCUACUGUUCAUGCAAGGCAUCUUCGGCUAUCUCUCCGUGUGCAUUGUCUACAAAUGGGCGGUCGACUGGAUCAAGGACGGCAGGCCCGCUCCGGGCCUGUUGAACAUGCUGAUCAACAUGUUCCUGGCCCCAGGCAAGGUCGACGACGAGCUCUACCCGCACCAGGCCAAGGUUCAAGUCUUUCUGCUGCUGAUCGCGCUCGGCUGCGUCCCCUGCCUGCUCCUGAUCAAGCCUCUGCAUUUCAAGCUCACCCACAAGCAGGACGGCCACCAGCCGCUCGCCACGGCGGACGAACUGGAGGUCGAGCACCUGCUCGGCAGCAGCGACGACGACGCCCAAGAUCUCGACGACGACGCGCACCCGCACGCCGAGCAGUUCAGCGACGUCAUGAUCCACCAGGUCAUCCACACCAUCGAGUUCUGUCUGAACUGCGUCUCCCACACCGCGUCCUACCUGCGUCUGUGGGCGCUGUCGCUCGCCCACGCCCAGCUCUCGAGCGUCCUGUGGACCAUGUCCAUCCAGAUCGCGUUCGGCAUCACCGGCUUCGCCGGCGUCCUCAUGACCGUGUUCCUCUUCGCCAUGUGGUUCGCGCUGACCUGCGCCGUGCUCGUCGGCAUGGAGGGCACCUCCGCCAUGCUCCACUCGCUGCGUCUCCACUGGGUCGAGUCCAUGUCCAAGUUCUUUGUCGGCGAAGGUACGCCCUACGAGCCGUUCGCGUUCCAACACGCAGACCUGGACGCCGACACGGCGGCGGCGGCGACCGUCGCCGCCAGCCCAGCGGUCUAG